AAAAAGUCGGAAUAAAUCAAGGAAACAUGGUGCUCGACAUUAAGAUGUGCCGAUUUGAUAAUGUGCCCUGGGGCUUUCGUCUGGUGGGCGGGGCGGACUACGAUUAUCCGCUGACGGUGGUUAAGGUGACCGAGGGCAGCAUUGCUGACGAGGCUGGACUCCGGGUCGAGGAUAUCAUCGUGCGCAUCAAUGACACGGCUGCCAUGCCCCUUACCCACGACGAGGCGCACCGCCUCAUUAUGGGCAGUGGAAGCGUCUUCUACUUUGGCGUCUACCGGGAGAACGAGGAGGACGCCUACGAGUGCCUAAAGAAGUUUCCCACGAGCGAGGGUUCAUUGACCAUGUCACCAAUGCCGACCAUUUCACCGUCGCCGACUCCAUCGCUGACCCAGCUGACGGAAACCACAAAUGCCCGAACUCCGGAACCGGAGCCAUUCGUUCCGCUACCCCGGGAACACGCUGCUGCGACUAUGGCGGCUCCUGCUGUGGAAGUGGAUGUGGAUGUCCUGGCGGAAUGUCGCCAAGCCGUGUCGGAAGUGCAUUCGGAAGAGAAACGCGGGGAUGUGAAUGGGCAUGAUGCACCAGCCCAAGCAGAAGAAGGAGCCCAUCCCGUCGAGACUCUCUACUUGCCCGAUUUGCCCGAUCGUCCGUGCUCGGCGCUGUCCGAAAGGCAGGAAAUUAAGCUGGUGGAGGAGGAAAUUGCAGCCGUGCUGUCCGGCGAGUCGGAGGUGCUCAAGGAGCACAAUGUCCUUGGCGUCAAUUUCUAUAGGAUCUUCCCCAAGCCGGGCGUCUGCAUGUCCAGCGAUGUCCUGCGCUCCAUCAACGAGGAGGUGACCAAGACCAAGCUGGAGAAGGACAAGGAGAACCGACAGUGGUCCACCUUCCUGCAGCGUCCCAAUCGCCCCGUUCCCAAGAGCAAGCAAUCCCUGGAGGCGGAACGACGGGCGGCCAAUGCCUACAAGGUGACGAUUGUUAAGUCAGCGCCACGGGAAAAGUCGCCAAUGCCGGAAGCUAAGCCGGCGCCAAAAGAAGCCACGCCACCCAAGGAAGAGGAGAAAAAGGAAGAGGAACCAGUGCCGGAGGAGGUAGUGGAGCCCGAACCGGAGCCCGAAAAGGAUGAGGAACCACUGCCUACGGACAGUGAGGUGCCGAAUUUGGAGCAACUUCCCGAGACCGAACUGCCGGACGAACAGCCGGAGAAGGGUGAUGCCCCCAAGGAGGUGUGCGAGCCGGAAGUGGUUAUCCAAAAAGAACCGGGCUCACCCGAUGGCAACGAAGCUUCCGAUGGUCCAGCAGGAGCAACCCCACCGGCGGAACCCAUUACUCCAGUGCCAGUUAAAAGCGAGGAGGAAUUGGCCCUGGAGCGCCAGUUGGCAGAUGUGCAGCGACAACUGGCCGCCCUCUCGUCACUGCCCUCCACCAUUCAGUCCACCCUGGAUGCAGUGACCAAACAGCUGGCCGACUUGCUGCCCACCUUUAAGCUGCAGCAGCAGGAGAAGCAGUUGCCGCAAAUCGAUGAAAAUUCAGGCAGCGAGCAGAAGGAUGAGGAUGGGGUGACCACUACCACCAACACCAUCAACACCGCAGGCGAAACAGAGGAUGCAGGCAAGGACAUAUCCAUAUCUGGAAGUGACAACCCACCGGUGGGGCCAUGUGAGAGUAAUGAGGAUAGAUGCGAUGCCAAUGACCGGGAAGUGGCGGAAAUAUCGCGCUCCACUGACGACAAUCGCCUGGCCAAGGACAAGAAAAAGGAUCUGGAUCAGGAGCAGCAGCAACAGCAGCAGGAGCCUCUGUCCGAGGAGCAGAACUUCAAGAAGCAGAAGAGACACGAUGUCAUUGAGGAGCUCGAGGAGCAUUUGGUACGCAAAAACAAUCCCCGGCGGUCGAAGCGGGCCUUUGGGCCAUUGGUCCCAUCCUCGGAGCGUCCGUUGGUCCUUCCCGGCGGACGGCGCUGGUACCGUCCCAAGGAUGCCUACAACGAUGAGUUCAUUGCCGAGACCCUGAGCGCCCAGGCGGAGCUCAUCACGGGCAGCACUCUCGGGGUCAACUUCAUGAAGUACCAGAAGCCGGAGCGCAAAAUCGAUCUGAAUCGCAGCGAGGUGUACAAGUAUCUCAAUCCGCAUCUGGACAGGGCGCCCGUGCGUGGCAUCGAGGUGCGUGCUCCUCUGGUGGCCGCCGAGUCCGACAUUCGCCAGUCACUGCAAUCGUAG